AUGGCGACCGCGACGUCUUCCGGGCCUGCUGCUGCAGCAUCCCGCGAGCUGCGCGAAGCAGGUCGACUUGAGCAGUACUACAAUGCGCGCUCGCACCUCAAACUCCCUUCCUGGGUGUUCUCCGUCGCACAUUAUACCCACCCUUCUCUUGCCCUCACCAAGGCCCUCCUAUAUCCCGCCCUCGCCUCAGUCGUCACAACCAAAUUGCCCGUGCUCGCCGCGCACCUGCCCGCGCUUCCCGCACCGCAGAUAUGGACGCGCAUGGCCACCCUCGACCUCGACAAGAUCGUGACGUUCCUCCCCGACGUCGGCAUGGACUUCGCCACGUUACAGCGCACUCUGGAGACGGAGUUCGAGCGCCCCAUGGAGUUCCGCGAAGACCUCGCGUUGUGGCGCAUGUGGGUCUUCAAGGACGGCACCGUCGCCUUCGGCUACGACCACACCAUCGGCGACGGCCAGUCCGGGCCCGCAUUCCACACCCAGCUCCUGGCCGCGCUCUCCCUCGUGCCUACCGACCCCCUCCCCGCCGACGCGGACGUCUCGAGCAUCGUCGACCUCGACGCGAUCACCGCGGAGCUCACGCCGGCGAUUGAGAGCGUGGCGGACACGACGGCGCCUCUGUCGCAGGUCGUGGGCGGGCUCUUGCAAGAAUAUGCCCCCUGGGCGAGCCGCAAGGCGCGGCGCGCGUGGACGGGGAACCCGAACCUGCCGCACAUCGAGCUCGCGUGCCGGGUCCGCAUCGCGUACGCGUCGCCGGCCGACGCCGCGAAGCUGCUCGCGGUGGCGCGCACGCACAAGACGACGGUGACGUGCGUGCUGCACACGCUCGGCAUCGUCAUCACCUCGCGGAUGAUCCACGAAGCGGACGAAAGCGCGGACGAAAGCGCGGGCGCGAAGGCGCGCAAGAUGAAGUACGAGACGAUCCCGUCCACCGUCCACAUCAGCCUCCGCGGCCAGGCGGGGACCCCGAUGACGGCGAUGUGCGACCACAUCUCGACGUACAUCUCGCACCGCGAGAUCUUCCCCAAGGACGUCGCCGCGGCGCCGGUGUCGCCCGCGAGCUUCCCCUGGGCGGAGACGACGAAGUUCGGGGCGGAGCUGAAGCGCGCGAGACCGAAGGCUGCGCAGUACCUCGGCAUGCUCAAGUACCUGUUCGGCGAGUACGAACAGUAUCACCUCAAGAAGCUGGGGAAGAAGCGGGACUAUGGGUUUGAGCUGUCGAACCCGGGCGCGUUCCCGAAGGGCGAGAAGAAAGACGGGGCUGAGGAGGGCGGGUGGGCAAUCCGCGAGUUCUGGCUCGCGGUGGCAGAUGCGACGCUGGGCGCGGCCAUCAAGCUCAACCUCGUAGGCUCGCCUGAGGGUGGACUGGGGAUAUCAGUCACUUGGGGCAAGGGUGCGAUCGAGGACGAGUUCGCGGAGACGUGGGUGGAGCGGUUCAAGGAAGGGCUGCAGGCGCUGAUUGUAGAAGGCUCGUGUGCAUCCAUUGAGCACAGACGGGAGGCGGGAUUGGAAGAUCUUGAACGAGAGAAGUACCACGAGCCGCGUAGUAGGGAUUUUCCGGGGCGUGACACGUGGAUGUCAGAACAUCCUGAACUCAAACGCCGAGGAAUCGAGCUGCGCUACCCGGAGAGCCCGGGCCGCGCAUUUGUGACAGAAUACAACGUGGAGCCCGGCUACUUCGUCAAAGCCCCGCGCAUGGGGAUGGGCAACGAGGUUCACAUAUAUCAAUACCUGCAACGCGACCCGGUGUCCGCUAGAUUCAUCCUUCCGCUUUGUCCUACUUCCAUCGAAGACGUCUCGCUCAUCUUGUGA